GAGGCACUGCGUCUCCGUGACGGUGUCAGGAGGUGAUUUAUCGUUGGUAAAUCGCGUUUCUGAAUAGAUUAUUCCCAGUUGGUCUAUAAAUGGCGUGAUAGCCACCUGGUCAUUGUAAACUGACAUAUAUUGAAUCUGCGACCUAACGUGAAUAUUUUCAGACAGCGUAUACACCAUGCCAGCAAUCGUCAACGCACCCACAUCGUCCAUUCGAGGCGGCCAUGAAGAGUCUCGCCCUCGUAUUUCCCAACCGAUCGAAUAUUCAGGAUCCCUGGAUACUUGUCCCCAAGGAGACCUGACGCCUGUAAUCGGUAGAGAGUAUUCCGGGCUGCAGAUAGCAGAGGUUCUGAAAUCGGACGAAUGUGAUCGGAUCAUCAGAGAUCUUGCUGUGACGAUCUCGAAACGAGGAGUCGUCUUCCUGCGCAAUCAAGAUCUGACGCCCCAGCAAAUGCGCGAAUUCGGGGAGAAACUGACCUCUCUCGCUGGCUGUCCCGAAUCUUCCGGGCUACACGUCCACCCCCUCACGGAAGAAGGCAGCGAACUCGGCGACCAAAUCAGCGUAAUCAGCAGCGAAAAGCAAAAGAAAGGCGGCGGCCUCACGCACCAACUCAGCGACACCAGCCGUCUCGCCUCGGUGGGCUGGCACACGGAUAUCAGUUUCGAGCGCGUGCCCUCCGACUACGCGAUGCUGAAAAUCCACACCCUCCCGCCCACGGGCGGCGACACGCUCUGGGCGUCGGGGUAUGAAGUGUACGAUCGGUUGUCGGGGGAGAUGGCGAGGUUUCUGGAGGGGUUGACGGCGACGCAUGAUGCGAGGUUCUUUCACGAUGAGGCGAGGAGACUGGGGAAUCCGUUGCGGAAGGGGGUUAGGGGGUCGCCGUUGAAUGAGGGGGAUGAGUUGACGGCUGUGCAUCCGGUUAUUCGGACGAAUCCGGUCACUGGGUGGAAAUCAGUGUACGUGAAUAGAGGCUUUACGCGGCGCAUCAACGGCGUCACCAAGGACGAGUCAGAUAUUCUGCUGCAGUAUCUGUUUAAUCUCGUGACCCAAAACCACGACGCACAGGUGCGGUUCAAAUGGAACAGAAACGACAUGGCAAUCUGGGAUAACAGAUCGACCUGGCACUGUGCGACAUACGACUAUGCAGAAGCACGAGCUGGGGAUCGAGUCUGUAGUCUAGGAGAGGCACCAUAUCUUGAUACGCAGUCCAAGUCAAGAAGACAGGCGUUGGGAGAAUAGGGAGUAGAUUGAUGAAUCAUGUUUGAUAAUGAUAGUUAUGCACAGAUGAAAUGAAAGAAAUCAU